UCCUGUUGUUUUAUUAAGAAUUUUAUUUGUUGUGUUGUACAAGAUCUGCAUAACGAGAACUUUAUGCUUUAACAAAAGAGACAUUUAUACUUGACAAGACCAUACAAAAGAUAAAUUUCAUUAUUUGUUUAUUCUGUAAGAAAUGAUUCCAGAACAUUUUUUUCCAUUCGGAGUAGAAUUUAAUUGCAUGCAUUAUAUAUAUAUACACACACAUCUAUGUUGUCAUACAUGAUAAAUUACUCUUGCUCAUCAUAUAAUAAUUAAUAGCCUCUUAAAAUUUUAUUUUAGUUUUAUGAGUACAGAAUUACAACAUUUCAUUCCACAGCAAUGAUGCCAUUCUCUAUAAGUAAGAAGCAGACUCCAAUGGUUGAUACCAAAUAUGGUAAAUAUCCGAGGGGCAGUACACUGGCACAUCAGCAAAAACUUCAUGACAGCUUCAUCAUGAACUUCACUGAACUAGCCACAUUUCCUGAUCUUCCCCUAAGGAAUGUGAUGUCAGGAGAUAUUCCUGAUUUAUCAGAAGAAAAGAAGGACCUUUUAACCUCACUCAAAGUUUGUUUUCCCCAUUGUCAUUUAUCAUUUAUUAGAUACAUUAAAAUUUUAGAAGUGGAAAGUGAAAUUAGCUGACCUGUCCAAGUCAUCUUUAUUCCUCACCUCUUCUUUCAUACAAAUGGGUACAGUUUAUGAUUUAAAAAGUUAAGCUUUGAUAUUAAACAUUGUCUUUUGAAGGAUUCUCAUUGGCACUUACAUGGAUAAAGAGAGUGGUAUCCAGGACAAUGGAGAAUGUUUGCCUGCAUUAAAGAAUCAUUUUCAUCUUUUUUUAUUGCUAUUGCAUAUUCUCUUCCAAAGUGCUUGGUAUAGCCCAAAGUUCAUGUGUUUAUGUGCAUUUAUUCUUUAUGGAUUUCAAAUUAUUUUUGCAGGUCACUCAGCAAGAAUCUGUUGUAAUAGAAAGGGAUACACGACUAUAGUCGAAUUGUCCCUUGUGGCACAAGCUGCGACAACACCGCAUCACUGCUUCUGUUGUAGCAGAUGUCGCAAAAAGGAAGAAAGGUUAGGUUUUUGUUCCAGUUGUUGUAGUAAGUGCAGCUAUAUGAAAUAAUAGUGAAAGAUGGCACUCUUCGGUAGCUGGCACAGUGUAUUGUUUAUAAUGUUAAUGAGGAAAUGUAAUGAUGAGGCAACACACAAAGAAAGCAGCAUAAUUUACUGUCUCUUCCGAAUCAAGAUUAGUUUCUUAGACUUCAUUUAUACUGUCAGGACAUUAAUGCACAUAAUGUAUGUUAUAAGUAACUAAUUGUUGAAUAGCUUACAUCAUUAUUGUCACCUAAAGAUAAAUCAGUGUGAUUUAUACCAUAUACAGAGACUAGUACAUCUUUCUAACAUUUACUGCCAAUGCAGAGAGAAUGCCCUUUUCAUUUUAAAAAGUAAGUUGUCUUAAGUAGACAAUUGCAAUGUUUAACUCAAAAUAAUUAAUUAUGAUUCUUCAGAUUUCCAAGCCUUGUCUAAAAGACUUAAAUCUUCAAAGACAAGAAUGACACAGGCCAUGAAAGAUGGCAUUAAAAAUGAGCCUCUGGCAGCUGAGGCAUACAGUAAUAUGAAGGGAAAUACUGUCAACCUGUAUCCAGCAGGAAUUAUCAUACACCCAGAUGCAUUCUGGUUGGCAGCAAGUCCAGAUAGAAAAGUGUAUGAUCAGUCCAGAACACAAGAUCCCUUUGGACUGUUAGAAAUAAAGUGUCCAAGCAUGUCCACAAGAAGAUCACUUGAGGAACUACCCUAUUUGGAAGAAGUCAAUGGAAAGCUUCAGCUUAAAAGAAGUGACCGUUACUAUUAUCAGAUACAAAUGCAGCUGGCUGUAACAGGUCUAGAAUGGUGUGACUUUUUUGUGUGGUCCGUAGAUGCUUGCCACCUGGAGACAAUAAACUUUGAUCAAAAUUUCUGGAAUGGGGUAAAAAAUGCAGUUGAUACAUUCUUUUUUUACCUAUCACCUAUAAGAAAACAGCUGGUUUCCGUGUUGAUCUUUCUCGAUAUCAUCCACUGGUAGUAUACCAUAGCCUACAUUUCUUGAUCAGGAUCAUCUGAGGCAUUGGGUGCAUAUUUGGUGACAAGAGGAGGGUUAAAGUUUGUAAGGAGAACAGCUACAGUCCAUAACUGAUUCAAGCUACCACAUAAGGUCAAAAGGAAUCUUUCCGUGAAAAAGCCUAUACUCUUUGACUCUGCGGAUUGCUCACUCCACAUGUACUCGUAGUGAACUGAUACUUUGGUUGGCUGUGACUUCACUUUCAGAAAACUGACCCUUUCCUGAUAAAAAAGCAGGCAUGUUUAAUGAAAUAUUUUUCUUUGCCAGGAUAUUUUGUAUGUUGAAACCUUUGUCGCUCAUUACAGAAUCUCCAGGUUCCAGCAAGUCAAUUAGGCCAGAAAGCUGCGUUAUUUCAGAGUCAGACAUGCUGCCUGAAUAAAGUUUGGAUACAAAGGUCACUGACCCAUGUGGUGAUAUACCUAUCAAAGACUUGAGUGUUGCCUGACCUUUGUAGUUGGAGUAGAACUGACUGCUUCUCACUAAUGAAGAAGGGUUCUGCAUAAACAACUCAGUGCAGUCUACAAUUAUUCUUGUUUUUGGAAAAGUAGCCUUGAAGUCAUCUGGCAUAUACUCGUCUAUUUCUUCCCUAGAUAGCCAGAUAUUCAUGCUGCCAAGAAUGGUAUACAAAAAAUUUGCCCACGCAUUGAUUUUAGUGCUCACAGAGGAUGCACUAAUUGCAAAGCGAUCUGAGAGAUCUGUUAUUAAUAGACCCAGUCUCAGCCGCACAAGAAACAUAAACAGUUCAUCAAUAAGCUGCAUAUUUCCAUUUGGACGUCUCAUGCAAAGUUUUUCGCCUGAUUUGCCAUAUGCCUGGUACAUUCCUUUUGCAUGUGGCUCAAGAAACAUAUAAAAUAUUUUUAAUACUUUGUAGCUGGGAAAUCCAGUGUAAAACUGUAUUUUAGCAUCAUCAUAUGCAUACCGUUCUAAUCCAAAUUUGUCAAUUUUGCUACUGCUCUCCAAAGUUUGUACAUGUUGUUCUAACUGUCGUACCCUCUCUUCAAGAGCUUUAUUUUUUUCUUUUUCUUUGGAGAGCUGCUCUUCAAUAGAGGGGAUGCUUACUGCUGCAGGCUCUUCAUCUGCUGUUGCAGGCUCUGCGUCUGCUGUUGUA